AUGAUUACAAUAAAUUUCCUGAUAUUUUGCAACACUAGGUAUUACUCGCCUGGGUAUCCGGAAACGUUGCUGGACAAGGUUGAGCAAUACUCGCCUCAGAUGAUGACGGUUCUCAGAGAAACCAACGUGAAUGACAACGAGAUGCAAACCGAGAUACUGAACAUCAUGGAGGAUCAAGCCUCAUCUGGAGAGGAGAAUGAGGAAGAGAAAAGUGUACCUAUUCAAUGA